UUCACAUAGGUCCCUUCGCCCCUAUGUACAUUUUAUACGGACUUUGUUGCGCCAUUGAAAUGAUUCGUGUUAGUCACAGUGUGCCGUGCUUUUGAAGUUUACACAAUUGUACCGAAUUUAUGUCUCUAUAUAACGUUGUUAGUUUGUGUUUUAGAAUAGCUCGCUUCACAUACUGCAGUGUCACCUGGAGCGCGCCUCAAGGACGUCGUCUACAAAGUUUCUUUGCGUUGGAAGUUGAGUGGCUAUAGCUAGCUAGGACUCUGUUUUCGUACUUAUUGGCUAGCAAUGUGUUGUCAUUCGUAAGUAACAUCAGAUAUGUUUUAACUCAAUCAUGAGUUAUAAUAACUAGUCAUUAUUGACAAACGUUAACAAAGUCCACGCUUUGAAAGGUAGUAGCUACCUAACGUUAGCUAGCUAACGUCGCUACCAUUGGUUACAGCUAGCGAAAUUAGCUAACGUUGCAUGUACGAGUUUGGCGUAACUUGAUAAAGAGAGGCAAUGUUACCAGUAAUCGAAUACACUUUAAAAGUGUUUUUCUAUUUGCAAGUUAGCUUGUUUACUUGAUACUUUAUUUCUACAUUGGCUUGAGAGGCUGUUCGAUGCUGAUUAUGAUUUUAUACAUUCUAAUCAAUUCCAUACAACUAUGUUUCAGGGCGGAAUAUUCUAAUCAUUCAAUUAACAGAUAAUUCUCAAAUAACAGAGGCCAGCAGCCGUGUUUUUGACAGCUUUUUAGAGUAUAACGGUAGUCCUGUCUGUCUUUAGAGGGGCGUUUACCGCGAAGUGUCGAACUAGCCGCCCUCAGUUUGCUAAUGUGCAGCACCAGCUAACGUUUUAAUCUGUAACUACUGUAACGUUAACUGUAACUCGCCAGCUAGUUUGGAUAUUAUGUAAUGUCAAUUAGUUUUCUACUGUACUGCAUCAUAGAAUGCUGGUUAUGUCAAUUCUGCUGUCCAUUUAGAAUUUAUAGCUAACGAAUUCAUGUUAGUUUUUGCUUACUGUCUGAGUUAAGUAGAUUGCUAGCAAAAAUAGCUAACUUGACUGCAUCCUGUUGGCUUCUUUUAACAUUUGACAGCACCAUACACAAACUGUAGCUAGCUACGUCACGUGAGCAAGGGAAUAAUAGCGCACGAGCUAGCAAGCUACAUCAAUACUUUUCCAACGGGGAAUGCAGCAAAUCAUUCAGCGCUGCACGAGGAAUAUUUCCUGUGAAGACGGAUUAGAAGCUAUAGAGCUAAGAAAUUCAGCGUUGCACGAGGAAUAUUUCCUGUGAAGACGGAUUAGAAGCCAUAGAGCUCAGAAUUCCAGCAAAGUCGAACUGAAUGGAUAUGAUCUAGUUUGGAAAACUCCCAUGUCUGAUUAAGCAGGAUCAAGAAAUGGAUAACCAGGACAAGAGCUUAGAGAGAGGUGAAGAGGGAAGCUUCUCGGUUAACGCAGGCAGUUCCAAGUCCACCACAUUAACUUCAGUGAUGCAUUUGCCUGGCUCCACACCCCAGCCUCCAGCCACAGACUCCUGUAACGGACUGAAUGUCACUAAGAUUCAGGGUGAGCUCUCCACAGCAGGGACAACCUCCAUUGGACUCCCUAUAGAGGAGGCUGAAGUGAAGUUAAUGGGCAAGGCCCUGAGAAUGCAGAAUGCACAGAAACAGCAGCAGAAUCCUCAACAGCAGCAGCUGUUUGAGAACUUUGCUCUGUUGGAGGAGAGCAUUUCAGAUUUGAAUCGAUCCAACACCCCAGGGAGCUCCGUACUUGGAUGUUCUAAUUACCUUCUCCCUCUGAAAACUGAGGACUUUUCACCAAUGGAUAAGGACAGGCUUGACAUGGAGACGGUCAGCUUUGGACAGUCCCUGAAGGACUUGGAUGUCAACGAGAGGCUCUUUGGUGACAAUACGCUGGACAUUCUGCGGGAUUUGGACUUGCCUGGCUCUCUGUCUGACCUGAAUGAGUUUUACCUGGCUGACGAGGCCGCUUUCCUUUCCUCCCUGUCAGUGGAUGAUGCCCUGCUCGUUGAAGGCAACAUGGAAACCAAGCCCAUAGUCAGUAGCAGUGGGGGAAACUGUAAAAAUGUGAAUGGUGUGGGGCAGCAACUGGGCCCAGGGAUCUCCAUGUCUGUCAUCAAGACCGAGAAGGACUCUGACACCACCUUCAUCCAGCUUUACACCCCAGGGGUAAUCAAACAGGAGAACGAGCGCCAGAGCUACUGUCAGAUAUCCAGCCUGGACAUACCUGGUACCCACAGCUCGGUGGGCUCCAUGAGUGGGCCGAGUUACCACUACAGAGCAAACACAUCGACGGCAGUGUGCGUACAGCAGGAUCAGAAGCCUGUCUUUGGCCUGUAUCCUCCACUGCCCUCAGUCAGUGAUGGCUGGAACAGAGGCCAGGAAUUUGGGGAUGGAUCAGGGAUGUCAACUCCAUCUUUUCCUGUCAGCUUCAGCAGUCCAACGGCCAGACCCGAGGCCAGCAGCUCCACAUCUUCAGCCCCUGCCAAGCACAGCGGUCCAACCCAUAAGAUCUGCCUGGUGUGUUCUGACGAGGCUUCUGGCUGCCACUAUGGAGUCCUCACCUGCGGAAGCUGCAAGGUCUUCUUCAAGAGGGCCGUUGAAGGAUGGAGAGCACGACAAAACACAGAUGGACAACACAACUAUCUGUGUGCCGGGAGGAAUGACUGCAUCAUAGACAGGAUCCGCAGGAAGAACUGUCCGGCGUGCCGCUUCCGCAAGUGUCUCCAAGCAGGGAUGAACCUGGAAGCAAGGAAAAACAAGAAGCUGAUCCGAUUUAAAGGUCAGCAGGCCACAACAGAGACAAACGCUCCCGCACCUGAUGAAAGGGCCUGCACCCUGAUCCCAAAGUCCAUGCCCCAGCUGGUGCCCACCAUGCUGUCUCUGCUUAAAGCCAUUGAGCCAGAGGCCAUUUACUCUGGCUACGACAGCACCAUCCCCGACACCUCCACCCGCCUUAUGACCACCCUCAACAGGUUGGGCGGACAGCAGGUCGUUUCAGCUGUCAAGUGGGCCAAGUCCCUACCAGGGUUCCGGAACCUUCACCUGGAUGAUCAGAUGACUCUGCUGCAGUGCUCCUGGCUGUUCCUCAUGUCAUUCGGCCUGGGCUGGCGCUCCUACCAGCAGUGUAACGGGGGUAUGCUGUGCUUCGCCCCUGACCUGGUUAUUAAUGAUGAGAGGAUGAAGCUGCCCUAUAUGACCGACCAGUGUGAGCAGAUGCUGAAGAUCUCCACUGAGUUUGUGAGGUUGCAGGUGUCCUACGACGAGUACCUGUGUAUGAAAGUCCUGCUGCUGCUCAGCACAGUACCAAAGGAUGGAUUGAAGAGCCAGGCUGUGUUUGAUGAGAUCCGCAUGACCUACAUCAAGGAGCUGGGGAAGGCCAUCGUUAAGCGGGAAGAGAACUCCAGCCAGAACUGGCAGAGGUUCUACCAACUCACUAAGUUACUGGACUCCAUGCAGGAGAUGGUGGGGGGCCUCCUGCAGAUCUGCUUCUACACUUUUGUGAAUAAAUCCCUUAGUGUGGAGUUCCCUGAGAUGCUGGCCGAGAUCAUCAGCAACCAGAUACCAAAAUUCAAAGAUGGGAGUGUCAAGCCGCUUCUGUUUCAUCAUGCCUUAAACCAUGACACAAUGCCUUAAAACCCCAGCCUCCCCUCACGCCAGCCAGACCCACCUGUUUUCCCUGCAGACGUCCCACCAGGUCCCCUACCAGUACGGAUUAAUGUAGUGAGAGUGUGCACUCAAAUCGGUUCCCAGAGGACUUGGGUGGAUAUAGAAUGUGAAAAAGAGAGAGAACAGGAGUGCAAGAUUGACACUGACCAUGAGCGACAUGGCAACAAACUAACUGACCCUUCUGGAUGAAACAAGGAUUCAACUCUUCUGGAAUCGUGUUUAGACCGUGAAUCACUUCACACUUCAAAAGACUUGAUCAUUGUGAGAUUGGAAGAAUCAAAUUUUAACAACAAAAAGAGAAAGGAAUAUUUUCUAUUGAUUUAAUGCAUGCACAGACCGCUGAAACGUUUACGCAAGAAUAUCAGAAAAGGGAAAACGUGCCUUUUUUUUUAGCUUUACAAGCUUUCCAUAGCCAUUUUUCUCAAACUGUCAAAUGCAAGUAUUUUGCAUAGGAAUUUAAUAUAAACACCUUUGUAUGUAUUUGUGUCUGUUCUCUUUCUAAGCAGCCAUGUUUAUUUUCUAAAAUGUGUAGUUAAAUGAUCCCUGCAGUUUAAAUGAUCCCUGUAGUUAAAUGAUCCCCAGAAGUGAAGUGUACAGUAAAUAAUAAAACCAACAAUAUGUUCAA